CUCUAAGGAACAUACUCUGGUAGCAACCUCAGAGUACGGACUAGUAGUAAGCAGCUGUUCGAGUAGACAACACACACCAAAGCCUCGAUUUAAACUCGAUUAAUGUGCACAUUUAUUUGAUUUGACUCAGUCGAACGCGAACGAUUAAUCUAUCCAGUAAUCACCACCAGUUACUGCAUCAAUACGCAAUUCACUUGUUUUGUUUUGAACUAGAGCGGAACCACUGAACCGCAGUAGAAUCCAUUAGAUAACAAUGAGUUUACGUACGAAAUUUGUUUUGAUGAUUUCUAUAUUGGGAAUCCUUUCGGUUUGUGGACAGGAGAAACAGAAACCCAUUACGGCAGCAAAUGAGACUACUUUGGAAGAAGUUGUCGUCGAAACUUCACUGUACGUAAGACGAAAACCAGCAUCAGUCUCGCGACUCCAGCAGCUCUCGCCUAAAGAGAAAGGUAUCCCACGAACUAAGCGUGAAAUCAGUCACUCAAUAGCUCACACGGAUUCGAAACUGAAGUCGAAUGCAUUGAAUCCGAACGUGGGACAUCAAAAGCACUCCGUAGAACAUACAAACGAUUUUGUGCAAUCAUUUUUCGACAAAGGAUUUACUAACGGUGCCGCCAAAAGACAUCAACUGGCCUUCCAAAAACAAAAAUCGGUGACACCCAACAAGCAGAUCAGUAAUCAACUUGCAUAAAGAAGAAAUAAGUCCAUGCGUGGUCCGGACAUGUCAUUCCGAGCAGAAAUACAUACAUCCCAACCAUGAAUCGUCGAACAAUCGGCGAUACAAAGUCGUGAAUAAUUUCUUUGGCGUUUAUUCUAUUUGAAGUGCGGUCCCAUUUCGUUAAGUCGUUAAAACGGUUCCCAUGAGCGGAGCAGCCACAUCACUGAUGGAGGUCUGCGAUCUGGAAAAUCCCAACCUUAGCGAUGUAUUUUAUUUUUUUUUGGUGACCUGCUGCUUGUUUCCAAUUCGUUAUCAUAUGUACUACCGCUAACGAAAUGUAGGGCUUUGUUCUUUAUUUUUGAAUGUGAUAUAACAACAAAAUGUGAGCAAUAAAACGUACAUGACAAAUGUGUAAAUCGAUCGGAUUUAUCCGCCA